CAAGAACACGUUAUUAUUAGCUGUGAUCUCAUCUUAUAAGACACUUCGGACAGUGAUGCCCACGUAGAUUUCCUGUUCACUAGAACACGUUAUUAUUAUCUGCCGAAUUAAAAGAAAACGGUCACAUCCUCAGCGUAGAAGUGUAGUAAAGACGGUCUCAGCGGAGCAGACGCCCUCCUAACAGCUCUCAUACAGGACUGCAGCAGGACUUUACACAUCUGUUCAGGAUGAUCAGACCUCCACAGGACGACAUCGAGGAAAUGGAGGAAGAAGCAGCAGCUAACAAUGCUAAUGCUCCAGCACGCACUGGGAAGAAAAUGGCCGCUCGUCCAGGCCAGAGGUCUCGCUGCUUCUCUCAGUCUUUUCUACCCAUAGCAGUGUGUUGGCUGAUACUGUUGGUCAUCAUGGGCCUCCGUAUCUACUUUACCAGUCGCAACCUCAACAACAGUGUCUUUGAAAAACCGAUCACAAACCUGACCGCAUUAAACCAGGAGCUGGAGACACGAAACCAGGAGCUGGAGACAAGAAACCAGGACCUGGAGACACAAAACCAGGAGCUUGAGACACAAAACCAGGAGCUGGAGACACAAAACCAGGAGCUGGAGAUGGAGACGAAGAACUUAACAGGACCGAUGCAGAACAUCAGUCGAGCCCAGUGGAGCAUCGAUGAAUACUGCCCCAAAGUAGCACUCCAUCUUUACAGCUGGUACAGACCCUGGAUUGGUCUGAGAGCUGAAGGAGGGAGAUGGAAGUGGAUCGAUGGAAGUGAUCUGACUGAAAGCCUUGAUCUAAACAUCAUCUUCUUCCCUCAGUGUCAGCAGAUGGAGACAAGAUCAACCUCCAACUGA